UGCGAUUUGUUUGAAAAAGACUUUUUCAUCUAACAGACAACAAAUGUAACGAAGAAAGAAAAUCAAAAGUUUGGUUUUUCUUUCUAAAGGACAGAGUUUUACUUUCUCUUCCAAGAGUUUUCAUUAGGAAGUGGAACCAUCCAAGUUUGAGAGUAUUGUUGGUUUUAUUCGCCGAGUGAAUCUUUCGAGCUGGAAUUAUUCUUUUUGGAUUUUCUUCUCUGCUUCUAGUUUUUUUUUUUUUUUUUCUUUUUGGGACCCUUCUCUUUCUUUUGUUGUCCCCAAAUCUGAGUUUCUCAAAUUUUACGUCUUGAGAUUUGGGUUUUUAUCUCUGUUUUUCCGCGAAAACUGCCGAAUUCUCUGAUAUAUUUGGAGUUUAUCUUCUGGGUAACUGAAAAGAUGUCACAAGUUGUCAGAGAAUCCAACAUUUUGAUAUUUGCUAGCUCUUAGAAAAAAUGGCUCUGCUUAUCAUCACUACAUUGGUGUUUACAUGUUUAUGGUCAUCUGUGUCACCAGAUGACCAAGGGGAUGCACUAUUUGCGUUAAGGAGCUCGUUACGUGCAUCUCCUGAACAGCUUAGUGAUUGGAACCAGAAUCAAGUCGAUCCUUGUACUUGGUCUCAAGUUAUUUGUGAUGACAAGAAACAUGUUACUUCUAUAACUUUGUCAUACAUGAACUUCUCCUCGGGAACCUUGUCUUCAGGAAUAGGAAUCUUGACAACUCUCAAGACUCUUACAUUGAAGGGAAAUGGAAUUACUGGUGGAAUACCAGAAUCCAUUGGAAAUUUGUCUAGCUUGACUAGCUUAGAUUUGGAGGAUAAUCGGUUAACUGGUCGCAUACCAUCCACUCUUGGUAAUCUUAAGAAUCUCCAGUUCUUGACCUUGAGUAGGAAUAACCUUAAUGGUACUAUCCCUGAUUCACUUACGGGUAUAUCAAAACUGAUAAAUAUUCUGCUCGACUCAAAUAAUCUUAGUGGUGAGAUCCCUCAGAGUUUAUUCAAAAUUCCAAAAUACAAUUUCACAGCAAACAACUUGAGUUGUGGUGGCACUAACCCUCAACCUUGUGUAACUGUGUCCAAUCCUUCAGGUGAUUCAAGCAGUAGAAAAACUGGAAUUAUCGCUGGAGUUGUUAGCGGAGUCGCAGUUAUUCUCCUUGGAUUCUUCUUCUUUUUCCUCUGCAAGGAUAAGCAUAAAGGAUAUAAACGCGACUUGUUUGUGGAUGUUGCAGGUGAAGUGGACAGAAGGAUUGCGUUUGGACAGUUGAGAAGAUUUGCAUGGAGAGAGCUUCAAUUGGCUACAGAUGAGUUCAGCGAAAAGAAUGUUCUUGGACAAGGAGGCUUUGGGAAAGUUUACAAAGGAGUGCUUUCGGAUGGCACGAAAGUCGCUGUGAAAAGAUUGACUGAUUUUGAGCGUCCAGGAGGAGAUGAAGCUUUCCAGAGAGAAGUUGAGAUGAUAAGUGUAGCUGUUCAUAGGAAUCUGCUUCGCCUUAUCGGCUUUUGUACAACACAAACCGAACGCCUUUUGGUGUAUCCUUUCAUGCAGAAUCUAAGUGUUGCAUACUGCUUAAGAGAGAUUAAACCCGGCGAUCCAAUUCUGGAUUGGUUCAGGAGGAAACAGAUUGCGUUAGGCGCAGCACGAGGACUCGAAUAUCUUCAUGAACAUUGCAACCCGAAGAUCAUACACCGAGAUGUGAAAGCUGCAAAUGUGUUACUAGAUGAAGACUUUGAAGCAGUGGUUGGUGAUUUUGGUUUAGCCAAGUUGGUAGAUGUUAGAAGGACUAAUGUGACCACUCAGGUCCGCGGAACAAUGGGUCACAUUGCACCUGAAUGUAUAUCCACAGGGAAAUCAUCAGAGAAAACUGACGUUUUCGGGUACGGAAUUAUGCUUCUGGAGCUUGUAACCGGACAAAGAGCAAUUGAUUUCUCGCGGUUAGAGGAAGAAGAUGAUGUCUUAUUGCUAGACCAUGUGAAGAAACUGGAAAGAGAGAAGAGAUUAGGAGACAUUGUAGAUAAGAAGCUUGAUGAGGAUUAUAUAAAGGAAGAAGUUGAAAUGAUGAUACAAGUAGCUCUGCUAUGCACACAAGCAGCACCGGAAGAACGACCAGCGAUGUCGGAAGUUGUAAGAAUGCUUGAAGGAGAAGGGCUUGCAGAGAGAUGGGAAGAAUGGCAGAACCUUGAAGUGACGAGACAAGAAGAGUUUCAGAGGUUGCAGAGGAGAUUUGAUUGGGGUGAAGAUUCCAUGAAUAAUCAAGAUGCCAUUGAAUUAUCUGGUGGAAGAUAGAAACAGAAACUUGGAUUCAAACACACUGUAAAGUAGAAGAAGGAACAACUAGUUUUGGUUUCAAACAUGAAUGAAGUUUUGGUUUCUAAUUUUAUAUGUAUCGGCGAAUGAAUCACACGGCGUUAUGUUCACUUGUGUAUUUAUGUUGUAACGUUUUUGAUACAAUAUGUUUGAAACUUUGUGUUAAAAUAAAUCCCAUCAAAAGAAAGAAAAGGAAAUAGAGAUCACAAUUUCCUU